AUGCUCAAUAGAUUGUACGGAAGACAGCACGGAGUGGUUGGCUCGCGACCACGCGUGACACAAGAUACGGAUGACGUACACGAGGCAGAGACUUUCCGGACCAUGUGUUUGCAGGAGAUAUCUGCUAAGAUCGAAAAGAUCAACGACCCGUUGCUUCAAGACUCUCAGAUCAGGGCCCUUAACGACGAGUUGAACAAGCUCAUGCGGGAACGGCGCGCGUGGGAGCAUCGUGUGAAGGAGCUUGGCGGGCCCGAUCAUCUCAGAACGUCUGCUGUGGCCGAUGGUUCGGUCACGGUGAACAAUUACCGGUAUUUUGGCAGAGCGAAACAGCUACCGGAGGUGGAACGGUUGCUCAACUCUAGAGGAAAGGAUGAUGCAUUUGCGUUAGGAAACGCAAAAGAGCAGUUUUUACGAUUAAAUCAGACAGAUUUGGAGCCGGCAUAUUAUGGAUAUGAGGACGAGAACGAGCUAGACUUGCGGAUUCCCAGCGACGACAUGGCCCAGGAUACUCAACAAGAAUGCGCUUUGCUGGAAUUUGAGCGCAAGCGCACAGCAGAGCUCCGCACUAGCGGCUUCGAAAAGACUGCUAUUCUUGACACGCCUCAGCUUCCUACGGAACAAGAAUACCAGGAUGCCGUGGUAGCACUGAGAAAGCAGCAGUUACUGGAGAAACUGAAAAAUCGGUAACGUGUGAGCUGUAUUAAAGAAGCAAGCUGAUCCCUUUACUGAUGAUUUCCCUGAAAUUGUUCGCGUAGUGCGUGUCAUCCUCCCAGAUUAUUCGGUCGAUCUCGCGUCUGCCGGAGUCCAGGUCGAGCUGGUCGAGACGAUGGAUUCUCGUGCGUCGAAAAAUUUUGUACAUAAUGUAGCAGAAAAUGCACACAAACAACGAGCCGUAGCACGAGAUAAAGUAUGCUGGAGACCAUUGGCCGUGGAUAAAGGCGACAAAACCUCCAAUCAGCACCAGACACAGUGAGCCCAGCAUCCCAAAGUACGCAAGAUAUGGCUGGAAAGGAGAUCUGUAGGGGUAGUUUUUGUCUGUCCGACUGAUGAUAUCUGGGCGCAGCUGCAACCCGUAGUAGAACCUGAUGAACGAUAAGCACAUGCCUGACCAUACGAUCAGACCUGUCGACGCACACACGCUGAGCAGCCGUUCAAAAACCAGUGCGGUAUUGUUGUCCACCGACAAAUAUGCGAGACACGAGAACAAGCCCGUGAACAGAACACUCAAGUAGGGAACCCCAUUUCUGGAGCAGAUGGAAAAUACCUUGGGCGCUUUGCCUUGGAUCGACAGAUAAUACAGCGUCCGUGACGAGGCGUAGAGCUGCGAGGAUGCCGCAGUCAGUGCAAAGUACACGAGAAAGCCGUUGGUAGCAGCCGCAAAGGUGCACAGCCCGGCACUCUGGAGCGCAAUCACAAAUGGCGACUGAUUGCCGUUGGCGAAGCCCGCCCAUUGGAGCAGGUGCGUUUUGCAGUUCCCGCCACCGUUCAGCUGGAUGACCAUGGCUUCCAGUUGUUCGCGCUGUUUUUUCUCGCUCUGCGUGGAAGGGCCGGUCCAGGUAAAAUAUCUCAAUAGGCGUGGGUCGCCGCUGUAGAUGUUGAGGCCAAUAAUAAAUACCGCAAGAAUGUAGAACACAAGGAUACGCCAGUAGAUGUUUCUGGUGGCAAGCGGGAUUGCGUGACGCGGGUUCCGGGACUCACCGCCUGCGAUUAGAACGAUCUCCGUCCCCACAUAGCCAUAGGAGGCCACCACAGAGGCUACCAGAACCUGCAAAAAGCGGCCCUUGGCGCCUCCAAUGCCUCCAGUCGCGCCCGUGCCUGUGUCCUUGACGUCGAAAGUUGGCCUAAAAGGGCCGUAGGUGAUGUGAUGUUCCAGGUCUGAUUUGGAGCUGUCCCAGUAUCGGAAUCCGAUUCGUUCGUGGUGGGGGGCCGAUCCGCCCGCGUUGAGCACGCAGUUGUAGAUCAGCAAAGCUAACAGGAUAAGCAGCUUGAAGAGAGUAGAAAAGUACUCUAUUUCACCGUAAACCCUAAUAUCGCACAGGUUUAUCAGCAGCGCAACGACCAGAAAUAGCGUUAUCCAGCCUGCUGUGUUGGGCCCGGGGAUAUCGAGGCUGGGAUAGAAACUGAGCAUGAUGGACGCAGCAGUGAUCUCAGUAGGGAAGCCUAUGCAGUAACUGAGCCAGUAGCACACGCCGAGCGAAAACCCGAACGCAUCGUCGACAAAUCGAGAUGACACCCCAGAAACACCGCCACAGAGCGGGAUCAGUGUCACCAUUUCGCAGAAGGAGAGCAUUGUGGCCAGGACUAUCAAACCGGCGAUGCUGAAACCAAGCAGACAGCCCAAUGGACCGGCAAUGCUGAAUGACUUGCCCGAAGAAAGCAAUAGGCCCACGCCUAGCGUUCCUCCCAAUGCAAUUUGGUGCAGGUGGCGGACGUGCAAUUUGCGUUGUAUGCGGUAGUUGCGGUUGAUGUUGAAGUAGUCGAAAAAUGACUUUUUCUUCUUGCGCGGCCUGAUUGUGGGCUCUAUUCGCCGAAAAGUAUAGUCCAGGUUUUCGUCGUUACUCACAAUCAUUUCUGGCUGGUCGUCGUCCAUGUUAAUAUCGCUGUAAUCAGACUUUCUGCUGCGCCCUACGGCCUGGAGCUCUAUGGGCAGCUGCGCCACCUCCUCGCACUCGUCGAUAGGAACGGUUUCAAGACUGCUCACUCUGCUGAGGUUGACGACCCCGAGCUUGGGCUGGCUCCAGCU